CAUUCGGACGGUCCAAAAGUAUCUUUAAACCUGGAGCGUGAAAGGAGAUCAAGAAUUGCCCAUCUCAUCCGUUCCCAUUCUUAUUUUCUGUCCUCUUCUCUCUCUUUCGUUCUCGUUCCCUCUCUUUUCACCCUCUUCCAUCCUGGGUUGGGUCAGUGCUUUUCUAUGGGUUGCUGCUGAUACAGCGUGGACUGGGAAAGACUAGGGAUUUGUGAUGGUUGUGGCUCUGGAUGCAGUGUGGGUGAGGGUGAAGGGGGUGUGCAAACAGAAUGGACUCCUCAUUCUGUCUGUGUUGGCUGUGGUCAUAGGAUGCCUGCUGGGCUUCUUCCUACGGACUAAAAGGCUCACAGAGCAGGAGGUGCGCUAUUUCCAGUUCCCUGGAGAACUUCUCAGUAAAGCAUUAAAAACAAUCAUUCUCCCCCUCCCUUUCUCCAGUCUGAUGUCAGGGCUAGCAGCCCUGGAUGCUAAGUGUUCCAGCAGACUGGGCCUUAUCACCGUGUCUUACUACCUGGGGACCACCUUUGUAGCAGUGGUGUUGGGCAUCAUCAUGGUGUCCGUCAUCCACCCUGGAGGAGCGGCCCAGAAGGAGGACUCCGAGGACAGCGGCAAGGCCAUCAGCUCUGCCGACGCCCUGUUUGACCUCAUCCGCAACAUGUUUCCAGCCAACUUAGUUCAAGCCACAUUUCAACAGUACCGGACGAGAAGUGUUCCCAUUAUGAAAACGCCGAAGGCCACAGUGAGUCAGAGCCUAUCAGAGUCCACCACACGGCGAGCACUCAUAUACGGUAUCCAGGACGACAACGGAACAGAGCUCCAGAACUUCUCCUUGGACCUGACUCCUCCCCCAGACGUAUACUUCAAAACAUUACCGGGAACCAGUGACGGAAUGAACGUCCUUGGAAUCGUCAUCUUCUCAGCCACUAUGGGUAUAAUGCUGGGCAGGAUGGGGCCUAACGGCAGCGCCUUGGUCAACUUCUGCCAGAGCCUGAACGAGGCUGUCCUGAAGAUCGUUGCUAUCGUCAUCUGGUACUUCCCAUUCGGCAUCGUGUUCCUGGUGGCCGGUAAGAUCCUGGAGAUGAGCGAUCCGUCGGCCAUGGGUAAGAAGCUGGGUUUCUACGCUGUCACGGUGGUCUUCGGUCUGAUCCUCCACGGGCUCUUCAUCCUCCCGGCCAUGUACUUCUUCAUCACCAAGAAGAGCCCCAUCGUCUACAUCAGGGGCAUCCUGCAGGCCCUGCUCAUCGCCCUGGCAACAUCCUCUAGCUCUGCAACGCUGCCUAUCACCUUCAAGUGCCUCCUGGAGAACAACCACAUCGACCGACGCAUUAUCCGCUUCGUGCUCCCCGUGGGCGCCACCAUCAACAUGGACGGGACGGCGCUCUACGAGGCCGUGGCUGCCAUCUUCAUCGCCCAGGUCAAUAAUUACGAGCUGGACUUUGGACAGAUCAUUACCAUCAGCAUCACUGCCACAGCAGCCAGCAUCGGUGCUGCAGGAAUUCCACAGGCUGGUCUGGUCACUAUGGUGAUCGUGCUAACGUCUGUUGGGUUGCCAACUGAUGACAUCACUCUCAUCAUUGCAGUGGAUUGGGCAUUAGACAGAUUCCGGACCAUGGUGAAUGUUAUGGGGGAUGCGUUGGCCACAGGUAUCAUGGCCCAUAUCUGCAGAAAAGACUUUAUCAAGGAAGGAGAUGGUGUGAGUAUCUGCCUGUCUUAUACCCUUUUCACACUAUUGUGCUGAGCCAAGCCGUACUGUGCUGAGCAGAGCCGUACUGUGCUGAGCAGAGCCGUACUGUGCUGAGCCAAGCUGUACUGUGCUGAGCAGAGCCGUACUGUGCUGAACCGAGACCUACUGUGCUGAGGCUCUGAUUUUUUUUAAAUCACACUGUCAUGCUGAGGCGUACUGUGCUUUGGAUAUUUUCUUUUCCAGCAUGGUUCCAGCAACAAUAGCCAGCACAGUACGGCUCGGCUUGGCUUGGCUCAUUAGUGUUACUUUUGCCAUCAUGGAACUUAGCUAGUUCCCCACAGAGUCAAACUCCUGUCAUAUUCAGCUUCCUCAGGAAGAGAGCUGAGGGCAAGACACACUGAGUAACCUGGCUGCUAUAUCCAAUUGUCCCACUCUGCUGGAUGUUAAUGCUAUGGCUCAGAGCUCAGAGCGACAUGACUGUAGUCUGUCAACAACAAUAGUGUGAAUAUCUGACUAGUGCUUUAUCAGGAAUCGUGAUUUUUUUAUGUAAAAAAACMGUUAAUUUUUUCAUUUUGAAUUCAGGGAGACAUUUUGACAAGGACAAGGUUCUUGUUGUUUUAUAGUUGAAAACCUUGCAAACCUUUUUCAUCUACAAAAAUAGACUGUGGUGGGCUUAUCAUGAUGUACAUUAUUUUUCAACACAAAUGGAUAAGCUAGAGACUCACUCACUAUGUUUUGU